AUGUCGUCGUCGUGGGAAGUGCUGGAGACCGACCCCGAUCUCCUUGACAAGUUGAGUCAAAAUUUACUGAGUGUUGAAGAUCUCGCCAAGUCUCUGGAGCAGAGAGGCUUACUUCGGAGCAAUGUCAUAGAUGGCGCCGGGGCUAUCUGUGGAAAGUAUACCAUUCGGCAACUAAUCGAAGAGAUCGUGACCAAAGAUGAAGAUUCAUAUCGUCGCUUCAAACGGACCCUCAUAGAGAACGGAGAGUACGACGCGGUGGAGCUCCUCCCAAAUGUCUUCGUCCUAGAUUCCCAGGAUGAUGUCCCGUCUGCGAGAGCCAACGAAACAGCACAGUCCCUUUCGUGCACCUUAGAUCCUACUCCUGAUCCACUCCCUCUCCGAAGCAUCGGAUCCCCGUUCUCGCCAGAGAACUCCUCCAUAUUACCGUGGAGAAGUCCGACCGGCUGCAGAGAAAGCCGAAGGGAAACUGUCGGAGCCAUCACCUUCCCGGGGCGGCCGAGCUCGCCGGCGACGGCGGACUUGCCCGACAAGAUCAUAGUGAAGAAAGCGCGGGCUAUCAAAUCCGGUCCCAGGAUCUAUGACUUGACGAAAAGUCCCCGCGGCCUCUGUGUGAUAUUCAACAAUCGCACCUUCCCGGGCUUCAGGGAGAAGGACAGGCUCGGCUCGGAGUUUGACGUAGAACGGAUGCGUAUUCUUUUCGAGGCGUUCAAUUUCACAAUCGAGAUUCACAGGGAUCUUCCAUCUGGCGAGAUGCUGUCCCGGCUCGCGGAAUACGCUGACGGGGCCGCGCACGAGGGCCAUCAAGCCUUCGUUCUCAUUCUCAUGUCGCACGGCGGGCUCGAUCACAUUUAUGGCAGUGACUACAAUGCGGUCAAUCUACAGGACAUCUUCGAGAUGUUCAACAACUUCAAUUGUCCUGGCCUUCGAGAGAUCCCUAAAUUAUUCUUCAUCCAGGCCUGUCGAGGAGACCUGCCGGACAACGGCACGUCUGCGCGGGAUCGAUCGACGUGCUCCGCCGACGGAGACCAAGUUCAGAGCGACGCGGGUGCGUACCUUGAUCGGGGCGAUUCAGGUCUUGGCAAUAUUUUCCCACUCCGGUCGCGGCGGAUUUCUUGCUGGUCCGAUAUUUAUAUCGCGUACGCAGUUGUCGGAGGUUAUGAAUCCUUGAGAGAUCUCAGAUCGGGGAGCUGGUUCUUGAAAGCAGUUUUUGACGUCAUGGCACGUCAUGCUCACGCCGAGGAUCUCGACACGCUGAUGGAACGUGUUUCGGAAAGGGUUUUAGAGAAAGUUCGCACAGAUGGUCAGAGACAGUGUCCGGAAGUGACUAAGAUCGGAUGGAGGAAAAAACUUUUCUUCAAUCCAGGCCUGUCGGAGUAG